AAAAAAAUUUAAAAGUUUUUGUACCCAUGUAUAGCACCCCAGAUUUUAGGACAAUAAAUUCGUCAAAUUUUGCGCACUAUACACGGAAAAAAACGGUAAUUUGAUACGCUCACCAUGGAUUAACAACCUCGUUUAAAACCUUAACCUCAUUUUGGAAUCCUACCCAUGGAUCAAUUGCUGGUUUUUUUUGUGUUUGCUACUGUCUGAGUUAGGUGCUCGCUGAGCCGGUAAAUAUGACUAUCUUAUAAUAUUGGCCAGGAUUCAAAGUUUUUCAACCAAAUAUCAUAUGACAGGGCCUCAACACAAGGGUUAACCCUAACCCACACUCCAACAUGUUAGAAACAUCAACCCCGAGUUUAAGAUCCUAACCCUUCAUUAAAAGUCUCACUUGAAAGUGGAUGGAACGCGGCUUUUCAAACGUCCCUUCUUGAAAGCGAGAGCCAUGGUGGUUUGGACCUGGAGAGCCAGGAGAGGUUGACGGCUGGGAGGACACGAGGACAAAGUGGGCCGGCGGACAGCCAGAAGGCAGCCAGGCGUCCCGCUCGUCUUCUCAAGCGUUGUUGUCCAUCUAAUGGAGGUCAGGAAGCGCCACGAGAUGACAAAUAGGAACAAAGAGGAAGCAAAUGAGGACAAAUGUCGGCAAAGGCGUCCUUAGAACACUUCAGCCACGCGGCAGCGUGUGUUUUGAGAGGAAUGUUUUGUAAGAGGUUACUGGAGGUCACGUCAACUCAGCAUUUGCACAUGAUGCGAUGUGUCCUUUCUCAAUAUUCUUUACUGCAGGCUCUGGCCUUCUGCAUGGCGUCGACAACCCGGCCCUGGCCCUUCCUCCUCGUCUGCGCACUUACGUGGGCGAUGGCGGUCGCCGAGCCGGCCGGAUGCAAGAUCCGGAUCACGGACAAAGGCCUGGACAUGCUCAAGUGGGAGACGCAGAAGUUUGUGGCGGAGGAGCUGAGCAACAUCAGCAUGCCCGAGAUGAGUGGCAAGGAGGGAAACUUCCAGUACACCGUCAGCGAUGUGAAGAUCACAGCUCUCAACCUGACUUACGCCGACUUAAGCUUCUCGCCCGAGGCGGGCGUGAUGUUUGACGUCCAGAACUCGUCCAUCGCUCUCAGUUUCCACCGACAGCUCCUCUACUGGUUCUUUUACGACACAGGAACGAUCGAGGCGUCGGCCGAGGGCGUCCGCAUUAACGCAGCACUCGGCUUGGGCCGAGACACACGCGGACGCCUCAAGAUCAACAACGUCACCUGUGAAGCCAAAAUCCAGAGGAUGAGGGCAAGGUUUGGCGGGACGCUCGGGAGAGUCUACAACUUCCUGGGAAAGUUCCUCACCACCGGCAUGCGCUUACUCCUCAACAAGCAGAUCUGUCCGGCCUUGCAGCAGGCGUCUCUGCUGCAUGUCAACUCCAUCCUGGAGAGCAUUCCUGUAAGAGCGGAGGUGGACAGCUACAUCGGGAUUGACUACGCACUGACAGACGACCCGUUGGUGACGUCUCGGAGCCUGGAUAUGAACUUCCGAGGGAUGUUCUUCCACCUGCGGGACGACGAGCAUGACGCACUGGGCAACUAUGCAGUGGAGCCCACGAUCCUAGAGUACGACAGGAUGGUCUACUUGGCCCUAUCGGAGUUCUUCUUUGACAGCGGGCUGUUCUCCUACUACAAGGCGGGAAUUUUCCAGAUGAACGUCACCAACGACAACAUGCCCAAAGAUUUGGAGAUGCUGCUGAGGACAACCUACUUUGGAACCAUCAUGAUGCUGAAUCCGGCGUUGAUGGACUCGCCCGUGUCUUUGGAAAUGGCUGUCAAUGCACCGCCAAAGUCCACCAUCAAGACGUCCGGCGCCACCGUCGCCAUGACGGCUAUAGUCAAGGUGAUGAUGAUGCCUGCCGGCCAGCCGCCCGUGCAGCUCAGCAGUAUGACCAUGGAAAGCAAAUUUAACGCCAUAGUUUUUAUCCGAAGAAAACACUUGGCGGUACAAGUCGACCUGCGCAGGUUCAAAAUCUACUCCAACCAGUCAGCGUUGGAAUCUCUGGCAUUGUUGGCAUCUCCUUGGGUGUUGAUGUGUUCCUUUGACGUCCGUCAGCUGAUUCCACUGCAGGCUCCUUUGAAGACCAUGUUGCAGAUGUCCGUGGUACCUCUUAUCAACAACUGGAUCAAGCGAGGUGUUCGUAUUCCUCUGGCAGAUGGGAUGGACCUCAUCGAGGAAGUGGUGGAGUACCACAACGGUUUCAUCGUGAUUGGAGCAAACCUCCACUUCACAAAAGCCUGAGGGAGAUGGUGGCCAUCCCUGUCGCUGCCAAAUGAAUACGCACCGUGCGUGCGUCCAUUGGCCUUUGUGUUCACACAUGCGCACACACACGUUAAUAGGAAUGUAAAUAUGAAAAAAAGUACACACACGUAUAUUGUUGUGUAAUUUUCAGCGGUUAUUCGAGGCAAUAAACCAGUGUGGAAAACAAA